AUGUCCUCAACGAAAGUGUCGAGAAUUGGAGAAGAAAACAAGAUCGAUAAAGUUAAUGCGGAAUUGGUGACGCUGACUUACGGGACAAUUGUUGCACAACUAUGUCAGGACUACGACGGAAACUACCCCGAAGUGAACAAGCAGUUGGAGAAAAUGGGUUAUAAUAUUGGAAUGCGCCUCAUUGAAGACUUUCUGGCAAAGUCCAAUGCUCAACGAUGUGCCAACUUCCGUGAGACGGCGGACAUGAUCUCAAAGGUGGGAUUUAAGAUAUUUCUGAAUAUCACCCCGACGGUGACGAAUUGGGCCAGCGACAACAACCAAUUUUCCUUGAUCUUUGAUGAGAACCCGCUAGCGGAUUUUGUCGAGUUGCCAGACGAUGGACGAGCGCAGGAUGAAUUGUGGUUCUCAAAUAUAUUGUGCGGCAUUCUUCGGGGCGCGUUAGAAAUGGUGCAAAUGCAGAUUGAAGCUCAUUUUGUUAGCGACAUUCUGCGCGGGGAUGACACAACUGAGAUGCGGGUUUCGCUUGUGAGAUAUAUUGAGGACGAAGUGCCUCCAGAGUCAGAUUGAAUGCGGCGCGAUUGUUGUGAUUCAUGGCGUCCGGUGUUCGGGGCUUACAACUUCGAUUUAGUCAUGUCACUAUGUGUCUCUGGCCGUGAUGAACGCGUCCAGUAAUAUCAACGAGCAACCCUGUAGUAGGUUGAUGUGCCUAUUGUUCUACCGGUAGAACAGAUAAAAAUGCCGUUGUGGUGCGAUA